AGAGACGGACUUUCCCGGAAGAUGUGGCCAUCACAUUUACCUUACAUUCAUGAAUAAUCACCGUCUCUUCUUCCAAAGAUUCUUCUCUCCUCUUUCUUUUUAUCUGUAAGUAUGAUAACACUGUCGUGUGGUCUACAUUCCAUCGUACCGAGUCUCUUAAGAUAAACAUUAAUGUUUCUGGAGAUCAGGCCACCGGAGAGAGAGAUGCAUGUGUCUAUGACAGAGAAAUGUAGGAGUAUAUUUUAGUAGUUAAUACUAAAUUUACGAUAUAUAUAUUCUGUCUAUAUAUAUUUUCAUCAAGAACGGAUAGAGUUCUAGCUACCAGCAGUUCCAUAUCAAUAUUACUAUAAUAUGGAAGCAGUAGUAAAUAACAAAAUUAUAUCAAAUGAUGAUUAUGAAAUUAUCAAAUGGUUUGAAGAUAUCUCAGAGAACGCUGGAUUAGUUCAGACAGAAACUCUUCGACGUAUUAUCGAGAUGAAUUUUGAAACGGAAUAUCUCAAGAAAUGGCUUGGAAACGAUUUGAAUAUUCAAGAAAUGGAUUCCAGUUCAAUUGAAUCACUCUAUACUUCUUUAGUUCCUCUUGUUUCUCAUGCAGAUUUAGAACCAUAUAUUCUAAGGAUUAAGGAUGGAGAUUUAACACCUGUUCUCAUUCAAGAAGCUAUUACUACUCUUUCUUUAAGUUCAGGAACAACAGAAGGAAGACAAAAGUACGUUCCUUUCACUCGUCAUAGUUCACAAACAACACUUCAGAUGUUUAGAUUGGCUGCUGCUUACAGAUCAAGGGUUUUUCCAAUAAGGGAAGGAGGAAGGAUACUUGAGUUCAUUUACAGUAGUGCACAGUCAAAAACAAAAGGAGGAAUAGCAGUAGGAACAGCAACAAGUCAUUAUUACGCGAGUGAAGAGUUCAAAAUCAAACAAACGAAAACGAAAUCAUUUACUUGUAGUCCACAAGAAGUAAUUUCAGGUGGAGAUUAUAAAGAAUCAACAUAUUGUCAUCUUUUACUUGGUCUUAUUUUCUGUGAUCAAGUUGAAUUCAUCACUUCCACAUUUGCUUAUAGUAUAGUACAAGCUUUCACAACAUUUGAGGAAGUUUGGGAAUGUAUCGUCCAAGAUAUAAGAGAAGGGACUUUGAAUUCGGUAAAAGUCACUUCAAAUAAGAUGAGAGAAGCCGUUCUGGAUAUCAUAUCUCCAAACCCGUGUUUAGCUUCAAGGAUUGAAGAGAAAUGCAAAGAAUUAGAUGUGACGGAUUGGUUUUCGGUAAUACCGAAACUAUGGCCUAACGCCAAGUACGUCUACUCAAUAAUGACAGGAUCAAUGCAACCUUAUUUGAAAAAACUGAGACAUUAUUCAGGAAGUUUGCCAAUUGUUUGUGCCGAUUAUGGAUCGACAGAAAGUUGGAUUGGUGUCAAUAUUGAACCCUGUUGUCCACCUGAAGAUGUCAGUUUUACUAUUGUACCCACAUUUUCUUACUUUGAGUUUAUACCUCUUCAUAGAGAUAAAAAAGGUUACAUCAGUACCUCCUCAGCAGCUAUUGAUGACUUUAUAGAAGAUGAACCCGUACCACUUUCUAAAGUUAAGAUUGGUCAAGAAUACGAGCUGGUUCUUACAACUUUCACAGGGCUUUACAGGUAUAGAUUAGGAGAUGUGGUUGAAGUUGCUGGUUUCUACAAAGGAACCCCGAAACUGAAUUUUAUUUGCAGAAGAAAACUAAUUUUGACAGUAAAUAUCGACAAAAAUACAGAGAAAGACCUUCAGUUUGUGGUAGAGAGAGGAUCACAAAUUUUAAGCAGAGAGAAAGCUGAAAUAGUAGACUUCACGAGCCACGCCAACGUUAUGAAACAGCCGGGUAAUUAUGUAAUUUAUUGGGAGAUUAAGGGUGAAGUCAAGGAAGGAACUCUCAGCGAGUGCUGCAGGGAAAUGGACGAGUCUUUCGUAGAUUAUGGAUACGUCGUUUCAAGGAAAUCCAAAUCUAUUGGACCGUUGGAACUAUGCAUUGUAGAGAAAGGAACAUUUAAGAGAAUUCUGGAUUAUUUUGUAGGGAAUGGAGCAGCUAUGAGCCAGUUUAAGACGCCCAGGUGUACUAGUAACCAAGUUAUAUUAAGGAUUCUAAAUGUUUACACAGUGAAAAGGGUUCAUAGUACUGCUUAUGGGGGGUGAUAAUAAUGGUGACACGAUUGUAAAUUCAUCUGAUCUCAUUUAAGUUUUAAAAAGACUUGUUUGUACUGUAACUAUUUAAGAAUAAAAUGAUGGAUUUCUUGAUCUAA